UGAAUUUGUUUUUAGUAUUUCAAUAGCAAAUUUGUGUUAUUCUUUAUUUCUAAAUUUAUAAAUGUUAGUGGAAUGGAUAAAACAUAUAACGCACAACAGCAGCAGUUAGAUAGUGAUGAUGAUUCCGAUAUUGAUGAGGAAUCUCAGUUGAAUGAAGUUCGCAUGCCAGGGUCUUCGGAAUUUUUAAACAAAUGUACAAUUGGAACAGCACACAAAAUUGUAGAUGAAAGUAACAAAGAUACUUUAUUUGCAAUAGAAGAUGCCGUUUUACUUAGUGAUUUUAUAAUAAAUCCCGUAGCAGACGGAGCAUUUGAGAAAGCAGCGCAGCAACCGUCGCAUUUGGCGACUAUGAGCGCCGCAAAGAAGUUUAAGCCGUUGGAGAAGUGUGAUUUGCAAAAUUCUGAUUAUUUUAAUUGCUUGAAAAAGCCGGAGCACCUUUUUAGUCCUUCAACAUCCGGACGUUCAGCUUUAAACCACAACAUGAAUUCGGCACGCAAUGGGCCUGGUAAUACAAAUGGAGAACGACGUGCAAAUUUUUCAAUGUUGGAAACUGUACAACUAGGUGACCAAAGGUCCACAACUACCUCAACAUAUUUCAAUAAACUUGGUUCCAAUAAUGCUACGAAACCAGGAGAUGUCAAAAAAAUAGUUAUCAAAAAUUUUAAGGCUAAGCCAAUACUGCCUGACAACUACUCAGAAAAUACAUGCGAAAAAUUGGAAGAAGCUGUUUUAGCAAUACAAGUAUCAAAACCAAUCAAAUAUUCAUUAGAGGAACUUUACCAAGCAGUGGAAAACAUGUGUAGUCACAAAAUGUCUGCAGAAUUAUAUGCAAAAUUACAUGAACUGACUGAGGCACAUGUAAAACGAAACGUCAAUACGUUUUCCAAUGGAACUAUGGAUAAACUGGUUUUUCUGACGAAACUGAAUGAAUGGUGGUUAUCUUUUUGUCAACAAAUGAUUAUGAUGAGAAGUAUUUUUCUAUAUUUAGAUCGCACAUAUGUUUUACAAACUCCUUCUGUGCAUUCAAUAUGGGACAUGGGGCUGGAUCUUUUUCGUACACAUAUUGCCUUAGAUACCAUGGUGCAGAGGCGUACUGUAGAAGGAUUAUUAAUGUUGAUAGAAAAGGAACGUACUGGCGAUGUGGUCGAUCGCGCUUUAAUCAAGAGUCUUGUCCGUAUGUUAUGUGACUUACAAAUAUAUGUUUUGGCUUUCGAAGAUAAAUUUUUAAUGGCAACGAAACAAUUAUAUCAAGUGGAAGGUCAACGAAAAAUGCAAGAAUUAGACGUACCAGAAUAUUUGCAGCAUGUAAAUAAACGUUUAGAUGAAGAAAAUGAAAGGCUAUUACAUUAUUUAGAUGCCAAUACAAAAUAUCCAUUAAUUUAUACCGUAGAGAAAGAAUUGCUUGCGGAGCACUUAACACAAAUCUUACAGAAAGGCUUAGAUAUGCUCUUGGAGGAAAAUAGACUGAAAGAUCUUAAAUUAUUGUAUACAUUAUUACAUCGUGUUAAAAAUGGUACAACAGAAUUGUGUGGCAAUUUUAAUGGCUUUAUUAAGAAAAAAGGACGCACUAUCGUGAUUGAUCCAGAAAAAGAUAAGAAUAUGGUCCAAGACUUAUUAGACUUUAAAGAUAAAUUGGAUAUAAUUGUGAAUAAAUGUUUCGACCAUAAUGACAAAUUUAUUAAUUCAUUGCGUGAAGCAUUUGAAUUUUUCAUUAAUCAACGUGCGAAUAAACCAGCGGAACUUAUAGCAAAAUAUGUGGAUAUGAAACUAAGAGCUGGGAAUAAAGAAGCUACUGAGGAGGAACUAGAACAAAUACUUGAUAAAAUUAUGGUUCUCUUUAGAUUUAUUAAUGGAAAGGAUGUUUUUGAAGCAUUUUAUAAAAAGGAUUUGGCAAAACGUUUGUUAGUGGGAAAAUCUGCUUCAGUUGAUGCUGAAAAAAGUAUGUUAUCUAAAUUGAAACAAGAGUGUGGUGGUGGCUUUACUUCUAAACUCGAGGGCAUGUUUAAGGAUAUGGAACUGAGCCGUGACAUAAAUCUCGCCUUCAAACAAUUCGUCAUGAAUAUGGAAAACGAUGUUACCAACAUCGAUUUAACAGUUAAUAUACUCACAAUGGGCUAUUGGCCAACAUAUCCAUUAACUGAAGUUACAAUGCCACCCAAAAUGGUUACACCACAACAAGUGUUCAACAAAUUCUAUUUGGCCAAACAUAGUGGUAGAAAAUUACAGUGGCAACCAACUUUGGGAAAUUGUGUAUUAAAAGCAACAUUUGAAACUGGUACGAAAGAACUAAUGGUUUCACUGUUUCAAGCGUUAGUUCUUUUACUAUUUAAUGAUAAAGUAACUUGGACUUUACCGGAUAUCGUAGCCGCAACAAAUAUUGAGGACGGUGAAUUGCGUAGAACAUUACAAUCAUUAGCUUGUGGUCGAGCGCGCGUAAUUACUAAAACUCCAAAGGGACGCGAAGUUGAAGAUAACGAUGUUUUCCAAUUCAACACCGAAUUCACAAAUAAACUCUUUCGUAUAAAAAUCAAUCAAAUUCAAAUGAAAGAAACAACGGAAGAGCAGAAGGCAACAGAAGAACGAGUUUAUCAAGACAGACAGUAUCAAAUAGACGCAGCAGUUGUUCGAAUUAUGAAAAUGAGAAAAACUCUUAGUCAUAAUCUACUUAUAGGAGAACUUCUGAAUCAACUUACGUUUCCGGUUAAGCCGGCUGAUCUUAAGAAACGUAUUGAAUCACUUAUUGAUCGUGACUAUAUGGAACGAGAUAAGGAUAAUCAAAACCAGUAUAAUUAUGUUGCAUAAUUUAAGUUUACUUAUAUGGAAACAUCCAACUUCAAAAUAAUUUAAGCUUAAUUUUAUAUUUAUUUAACGUAAAAGUGAAGUAGUUCGCUUAUGUUUAUAAUGUUUUUAUAAGAAAUACUGAGUUAAUUUAUAGCGAUUCAAAAAGUUUCUAAAAAUAAUU